AUGCAGGGAGUCAACCAAAAUGGCUACAGCCAAUUGCCGCCAAUGGUCCCACCACCAACCUAUGUCCAACCGACUGUGGUUCAACCAGUCUAUGUUGCAGCACCACCACCACAACAAUAUAUUAACGGCGUUUAUCCACAACAAUACUCGGAACAACCAAUCUUUGUUGGACAAGCACAAACAACACAACCACAGAACGACAGUGCACAAAGUCUCACAAUUUGUUUGUUCAUCUGUGGAUUCUUCUUUGUGUUGUUGUGGCCAUUUGCUUUCAUCGCUUCGCGUAAAUCAAGAAACCAAUCGACGAGAAAUCUUGGGACUUCGGCACUCAUCGCGUUCUUCAUAUACGUCCUCAUCAUCACAAUCACUUUCCCAAUCAUUUUUGCUUAA